AUGGCAGCGGCACCAGCGACCGCUCAGGGCACUGCCGCCACCGUUCAAGAAAUUGAACGCCAGCGCCAAGCCCUGCAAGACAACACCGCCAGGCUGCGGACCCUUCUCCAGGAAUGGCGCCUCUGGGACGUCGAGUACGAGGCCCUGAAGGAAGAGGUGGAGGAGGCUCGCGGCCGCGCCGACCUGUUGCGCAUCCGCCGGAAUUUUGAAGGCCGUCUCGUCAACUCCAAGGAGGUUGCCGAGAUCUUUACCGGCGGCAGAAAGGCGGGCGGCAGCGACGCCAUCAAGUCCGCUGACCAGAUCAUCAACCAGCUGGACAGGCGACUCGACUACGUCCAGCGGAACAUUGAGUCUCUGGAGAAGCAGAUCGAGAAGGCCGAGGACAGGGCCGCCGCCGCCGCCGCCGCCGAAGCUGCUGCGGCAGGGUCAGGGGAUGGCGGCGCGAGCGGCGCUGCGGAGGAUGGCCUGCCUAUCAUGGACAUUGUGGAGGAGCUGGACGACGACGACAACGUUGUGUCCUUCAAACUGCAGCGGCCGGCAGAGACGGAGGCGAAGGUCAGCGAGGUGCUGAAGAAGGCCGGCGUGGAGCUGAAGCAGAACGAUGAUGACGAUUCAUCAGAUGAGGAGGGCGAUGCAGCACCGAAGAAGCGCAUUGAGGACAGCACAGAAAGCACAGGAAAGCUGCCAUCUCAAAAUGCGCAGAGUUCUACAGCAUCCCCAGUCAACAAAUCGGCCCCUACCAUCGAAAGCCAAACCAAACCCCCUACUCCUACUCAAGCUGUACCAGCAGCAGGCAAGAAGGGGGUCUCAUUCAGCGAGGACACUAAACCUGCCGCGGACAACAACAUCAAUGGCGCGACCAAACCCAUGCAAACCAAGACGCAGAAGAAGAUUGAGGAAAUAAUGCGGCAGGCCAGAGAGCAGGAGCAGAUGGGAACCAACCCGCCAGUGAUUCCAGACGACGAAUCCGACGACGACGCCAAGCUACGCCGCGACAUGUUGGCCUACAGCAUGAACGAGAUCGGGCCCGUCGUCGCGGAGCUAGAGCUCGAGGAGGCUUAUUCCGACGACGAGGACGAGGACGAGGACGGGAUGGAGGACUAUGGGCUUUACGAUGACGACGAUGAGGAUGCAUAUGAUGAUGACGACGAUUACGAUGACGACGAGGACGAAGAAGAGGACGAGAGGGGCCGUUCGAAGCGUAGUGCGCUCAGCCCGGCCUAUCGGAGGAGGAUGCUUGAGCUGGAGAAGAAGCUCGGCGUUGGGAGACAGUCCGUCGGGAAACAGCCGCCCGCGGUCGCCAUUCCCGAUGAGCCAGAGGAAGAUGACGAGAAAAUCGAUUACAAUGAACCGCGACUGGGCCGAAUCGCAAUCCGUUCCAACCCCACAGCCCCUGCAAUACGACCAAAACCCGAUCCGCCAGCUGCUUCGGCAAUGAAGUCCCCUACCACCACCACCACCACCACCACCACCACCACUGCUGCCGCAUCAACUGUAAAGAAAGGGGUCAGAUUUGCGCAAGAGGUCGACAUAGCAGAGGAGCCGACAGCUGCGCCGCUUGCAAAAUCGCACGAGCCGGCCGAACCAAAGGUGGAGCCUGUGAGCGAUAUCAUCGAACGGGCCCCUCCUGCAGGACCCAAGCAGGCUCCGACUCGGUUCCUCGAGACGAUGGAGCCCAAAAUCGCACCUUCGGGACCAGAAGGCCGGACACUAGCUGAUGCUGUCCUGGAGCGGCAGCCGGUGACCAAGCCACGGGAGCCCAGCGAGUUCGAUGCGGACCUGCUGCACCAGGAAGCCGCGGUCGAAUACCACCGCUUGCGAAACAAGAUGAUACAGAGAGAGGGAGGGUUCACAAAAGAGAAAGAGUCGGCGAUAGAACCGCUGGAUGAGAGCGAGGGUGGGCCCAAGAAGAUGAGCCGAUUCAAGGCGGCGAGAUUGGGUCGAGCAUAG